CCUACCCCUCGCGGCUGGCUGAGCAUGGCCGGUCGACGUUUCCAGUGAUUGCCCAGUGCUGUGGUCAUUCCCUUUGUUCUUCCCUCUUUGGAUGCCGUGCUCAAGACAUACCCGUCGGCCGUGCUCAGCCAUUGUGCUUCGCCGCUGCACGACUUCUCCGGGCUCCCUGGGCGACCGCUAACCGGCCAGAUGUUCAGCUGACGUGCGUAGCCCGUGCGGAUCAUGGAGACUGUCGCGUAGGCCUAAAGCUGCUGGGAUCGAUACGCUGCGAGCAUCGUGCGGUCAUGCUCUUUAGAAUCUAGUUCUCAGCUGUGUGUAUCUGUAGGAAAAAAAAAAAAAAGUGCGACCAUGCAGCAAGCACCUAACGUGCCGGAGGCACCUCCGGCCGAGUGCAACAUCAAAGUCGUCUGCCGAUUCAGGCCGCUCAAUGAUGCCGAAGAGCGUGCCGGCAGCAAGUUCAUCGUGAAGUUUCCCUCGGGAUCGGAGGAUUGUCUCUCGAUAGCGGGCAAGGUGUACGUGUAUGACAAGGUGUUCAAGCCGAACGCCACGCAAGAGAAGGUCUACAACGAGGCAGCCAAGGCCAUCGUCAAAGAUGUGCUCAUGGGCUACAAUGGAACCAUAUUCGCCUACGGCCAGACUUCCAGCGGGAAGACGCACACAAUGGAGGGCGUUCUGGGAGAUUCCUACAGCCAAGGCAUCAUACCCCGGAUCAUUAACGAUAUUUUUAAUCACAUUUAUUCAAUGGAUGAAAAUAUUGAGUUCCAUAUAAAGGUGUCUUACUUUGAAAUUUAUCUUGACAAGAUUCGUGAUCUCCUUGAUGUUACAAAGACAAACUUGUCCGUUCAUGAAGACAAGAACAGAGUUCCAUUUGUCAAGGGUGCUACUGAGAGGUUUGUCACCAGUCCUGAAGAAGUGAUGGAAGUCAUUGACGAAGGCAAAGCAAACCGACACAUUGCUGUAACAAACAUGAACGAGCACAGUUCCAGAAGCCACAGUGUGUUCCUAAUCAACGUCAAGCAGGAGAACCUGGACGACCAGAAAAAGCUCAGUGGCAAGCUGUACCUAGUAGACCUUGCUGGCAGUGAAAAGGUCAGCAAAACCGGAGCCGAGGGCAUGGUUCUAGAUGAAGCAAAAAACAUCAACAAGUCUCUGUCUGCAUUGGGCAAUGUCAUUGCAGCACUUGCCGAUGGAAACAAAUCUCACAUCCCUUAUCGAGACAGUAAGCUAACAAGAAUUCUGCAAGAGAGUCUUGGAGGUAACUCUCGGACAACGAUCAUCAUUUGCUGCUCUCCAGCAUCCUUCAACGAGUGUGAAACCAAGUCUACGCUAGAGUUUGGCAAGAGGGCCAAGACGAUCAAGAACACUGUGAUUGUCAACGAAGAGUUGACUGCCGAAGAAUGGAAACGGCGAUUUGACAAGGAGCGUGAGAAAGUGGCGAAGCUCAAAGGCCAGCUGAGUCGAGCGGAGUUUGAGCUGAGUCGCUGGCGCAAUGGUGAAAGUGUACCAACGGACGAGCAGCUGAAGGACUUGGAGACGAGCACCAUGAGCCUAUCGGAGACAGCAUCGGCAACCAACCUUUCGGCCAGCACGCUAUCAGUGGGAGGCACCACACCCACUGCCGCCGCAGCCACGGCAGCAGCAGCCAAGGUUGACCCCCUGGCUGGGGAGGAGCGCACGCGCCUGUAUGCCCAGUUGGAUGAAAAGGAUGAUGAGAUCGACCGCCAGAGCCAGCUCAUCGAAAAGCUCAAGGAGCAAAUAAUGGAGCAGGAGGAGCUGAUCACGACCACACGGCGGGACUACAGUGGCCUUCAGCAGGAGAUGCUGCGCAUCCAGCAAGAAAAUGAGUCGGCCAAGGAAGAGGUCAAGGAGGUGCUCCAGGCCCUGGAGGAGCUGGCCGUCAACUACGACCAGAAGUCCCAGGAAGUGGACGCUAAGAACCGCGAGUGCGAGUCCCUUGGCGAGGAGCUCAACCAGAAGCUGUGCCAGCUCAACUCGGCGCAGAACGAGCUGCAGCAGAUGAAGGACCACUCGGUGCACCAGAAGAAGCGCACCACCGAAAUGCUGACCUCGCUGCUCAAGGACCUUGCCGAGAUAGGCAUUGUCCUGGGCGGCCCUGCUGGCGAAGCCAAGCCAGCCACUGAUGUUAAUGGGAAGAUUGAAGAAGAGUUCACAGUGGCUCGGUUAUACAUAAGUAAGAUGAAGUCCGAGGUGAAAGCAUUGGCUCAGCGCUGCCACCAGUUGGAGUCAUUCCAGUCAGACUGCAACAAGAAGAUUGAGUCCAACGAGAAGGAUUUGGCCGAGUGCCGUCUCCUGAUCAGUCAGUACGAAGCAAAGAUGAAGUCGUUGCAGGAGUCCAUGAAGGAUAUUGAGAACAAGAAGCGCGCCUUGGAAGAGUCUCUUGACGAGCUCAAUGAGGAGUGCGCCAAGCUCAAGGCAGCUGAGGAGAUGCACAUCAUGGCCUCCAAGGAGAAAGAGAAGGAAAAGGACUCUGCCGAGAAGAUGAAGGAGGCCCUGGAGCAGCAGAUCGAGAAGCACCGCGAUGCCCACCAGAAGCAGCUGAGCUCGCUGCGGGACGAGAUCGCCGACAAGAUCGGCCACAUCGACGCGCUGAAGGACGCCAACCAGAAGCUGUCGUUGGCGCAGGACCGGCUGCAGCAGGAGUAUGACCGCCUCAAGCAGGAGGAGCAGGAGAAGAGCCACAAGCUGCAGGAGCUGCAGUUCCUCAACGCACGUCGCGAGCAGGCGCGCCAAGACUUGAAGGGCCUGGAGGAGACGGUCUCCAAGGAGCUGCAGACGCUGCACAACCUGCGCAAGCUGUUCGUGCAGGACCUGCAAAGCCGGGUCAAGAAAGCCAACCAGGGGGAGGACACCGACGACUCUGGAGGUGGCGGCUCCCUGGCUCAGAAGCAGAAGAUCGCCUUCCUCGAGAACAACCUGGACCAGCUCACCAAGGUCCACAAACAGUUGGUGCGUGACAACGCCGACUUGCGCUGUGAACUGCCUAAGCUGGAGAAGCGCUUGCGAGCAACCAUGGAGCGAGUCAAGGCUCUGGAGAGUGCUCUGAAGGAAGCGAAGGAAAGUGCCAUGCGCGACAGAAAGCGCUACCAGUAUGAGGUGGAUCGCAUCAAGGAGGCUGUCAGGCAGAAGAACCUGGCCAGGAGGACGCACAUGGCACAAAUAGCCAAGCCAAUCCGAGCCGGCCAGCCCCAUGCCCCUGUGGGUGCUGCAAUCCGAGGUGGUGGCAUGGUCUAUCAGCCACCGAAUGCAGCCGUGGAAAAGGCUUAGAUCACGAAUACACGAAAACACACAGCCGCAAAGUGCACGCAACCGCAGCUGCCAGCACUCGCGAGAGGCCGAGGAGAGAAGGAAGGCAAGAGGAGGAAGGAAGCAGUGAAGACCAACACUGGGCCUUGCUUGUUUGUUGUCUCAUGCUAUGGGGCAUCGCGUUCGUUCAGGGUUUACCCAAACUUCCUCCCCCCUCCAUUGUUCUCUCUCUCAGACUUUUUUUGUUAAAUAUUUUUACGCCCCACCUUGCCCUUAGGUUUGAUCCUUCGAGACCUCUGUUAUGCGUGCAGUGUCUCGCCAAGCAGCAGCAGCAGAAAGAGUUCGUAGUGCAGCCAAUAGCGCGCAGCUUCUUUCCAAAGAUGGCAGCAGUGAAGAGGAUAAGCGCUUCAUAGAAUCAAACUGCUUUCCGAUCUGCACUUCUCUUUCUCUCUUCCUGUCGAAAGCUCACUCUCGUCUCUCUGUGAAACUGGUGAUAACGUUUACGACCAUGCACCAAAAACUUUGCGCCCGGUGCACAUGUUUACUUCUGACUUCUUUUGGCUACUUUAUUUAUUCUCUUUUUCUUUUCUCUUUUUAAAUGUAAUAAGGGACUGCUGUCUUUGUUUAAAGCAUUCUGUUGGCGAUUCAUGCACUUGCAGUCUCCGGAUGAAUUUUCUUCUUCGUAGCGUUGAUUUUUUGCCAUAGUUCAUUCUCUUUUUAUACAACAAAUGCUUGGCAAAUGAAAAUGUUCGGUUCAGCUGGGUUAGAAGACAAGGAUUUGUUUGUAUGAAAAGGGGGUACUUGCAUGACUCGGCAAAGGCGAAGUUGAUUGUGCAUGACGGUGUCUCGUUUCUUUUCUUUUUUUUUUUGCUCCUUAUGUCUUUUAUUGUUCUUUUAUACGGUGAUGAUUUACGAACCAAGUGACUGGGUAGCAGUGAUCACAUGCCUUCCAGCACGCUGAAUGAUUGUAAUGUACUUCUCUACAUGAAAAGAAGCCUUCGAUCUUUCAAUGGAGGUUAACUCAUUGCUUGUACAGAGCACGCUCCACAACUUGUUGCAUGCCGAUGGAGUCGAGCAACGUAGGCAGGUGCUAAAUGAAAUUGACACGGGUGUGUGUUUCACCGGGGAGAUUGAACAUGUAUUGUCUGAAGAAGCAGAACUGUUUUUCUUUAUCUUCGUUUACUGAUUGUCAAUUUUCAUCUUGCACGGAGGAGUGCCAGUUAAAGGAGUAUGUUGGGUCUAGAGAAUGAUUACGACUCGGUAAUCGUGCAUAUGGGCACCUUGAUUUGAUUACAUUGAAGAGGCAUCAUAAGGACUUAUGAUACCGUACGCAUGUGGCAUCUGGUCUGAUGCGAAAUCUUUUGUCGCAUGUAAUUUUUGCCCUUUCGUGUCCAUGCACAUGCGCUCGUCGUGCUCAUACGCCGUCCUGUACUAGGAGUAAAAUUAUAGCACCCGUAUUCUUGCCUUCCAUAGACUUUUCUGACCUUAAUCUUUUAGUACCAAGUACUUCCCUUCCUCCAGCAUUUGUUCCUGGGUUUUGAUUUUUUGUAUCGAGGGAGAGCCCACUGUUAUGGUACAAUGGCAGUCAUCUGCGCCCUGCAGAUGCUACCGAACAAGUGCGACGUCAACCUCGUUGAAGAGAUCAAACCUGCUCCUUGUGAAGCAGAAUCUCUCUCCUUCUUUUUCCCCACCCACUCUCUCUCUUUUCAACACAGCCCCUGCUCUUGAGGCUCAACCUUUUUUUUUUUUUUUAAUUUCCCCAAACUGCUUGUGCAUAUGUUACCGAACGAAUGUUCACACCAUGAUGUCACAUAAGCAUGCUGAUUUUCUUGCUGGAUUUGUGGCCGCUGCAUCUGUCACGACCUUCUAAUGUACUUGUCAAGCUUCCAGACUUCGUUUCCCGAUUUUCAACAUAACAGCCGUGAACAGACGAGAGUUCCCACCUGAAGUGUGUUUGCAAAUCUCUCGCCAGCCGUCAGUCCUUGCUAUUGCGUCUGUUUUGGGGUUUUUUGUUUCUUAGCCUGCAUUGUUCCUUCCAAGGUGUGUUUGUUGGGCACCCUCCCAUACCGGCCUUCCCACAGUCCUUCCCCCGGAAACGGAACGACGGCAAGAAGGGAAACGGGAGAGUCACGCUCAUAUAUUUUUGAAGCAGUGCUGCAGGUGACGUCCUUGGGGUUUGUUGUGCCUUUUUCACGACCGACACGAGCAGCGCACGACAGACACGUGCACUCAAUACAAGUGGACACACACACGACAGCCACACACAGACCAACACAAAACUCGAGACACGAAAACAAAUCUGGGGUGUGAAUGCAGUUGCAAGAGAGAGAGAGAGCAUUGGUGUGAUAAAUAUUCUGGAAGUCCCCUAUUGCUGUUCAUUUUUUUCAGUGUAACUUUUUUUUGCGUGUCUGGACCAAAAAUAUUAGUAAUGUUCGUUUUUUUCCCCCACACUAUUAUUUACCCGAUGCCAAUAGAGUAUGUUCUACAGCCCUACGUUGUUGUACUUCAGCUUGGUAAGGGGUGUCAUGUGCUGCUUUUGUAUAUCACUUGCUUUAUGGCUGCUGUGAGCUUGACAAAGCAGGAUGGGGGUACAAUAGACUUUCAGACAGCUGCCCAUAGCAGCUUGCAAUAGCGAUGAGCUCUACUAUCGUUUCUCUCCCCUCCUCCUAUUUUGUAGCCCUUAACAAUUAUUUAUACAUAAAGUGUGUUUUGAGGCUAUUGUUACAGAGUUGAAUAGCUGUACUAUUUUUAUUGUUUCAGUGGAAUGCACGUAUGGCUUUAAAUGAAAAACGAAAAUAGUAUAUUUGUGAUCGAAACAGGCCUAGGUUCCUUGCUGCAAGGGGAACUGUACAGCCUCGAGAAUGUAUUUUUUGCGUUAGUUUUUUUGGGCAUACUUCCUCUGGGCUUAUUGUUGCCUCUUUUUAUUUCUUAACUAGCGCAAUUUUAUGUAAACUUCUUUGCCCGCAAGAAGUAAGCGCUGUGUUCGGUGCAUGUAUAGGUGGUGCAUUGCCCCCUCUGGAAACCACAGUGUAGGCUCAUUGGCGGCAUUUUGCGCAGCAUCAUGGUGGGCUAGUGCAAUUAGUGCAUGCAAAAACACACACACACACACACACACUGGGGCUUCUGUGGGGCGGUUUGCUUGUAAUGUUUCUUGCAGGCAGGGUUGCAUCCGCACCUAAACCACCUUUUAUCUCCUUUUUAUUUCAUUUUUGCAACGUGUCCAUGGGAAGUCAAGCAUUAAAGUAAUUUAUGAAAUAAAAAAAAUGUACUGUACUGUAUGUGGCUUAAUAAAAGUUUUUGUUUUCUGGUGGUAA